GAGAGCUCGCCUAGUUCUCUUUCUUCCCAAUCACCACCACCUCGUCUCCACUCUCCACGCUCCCGCAUCCAUGGCGGCCUCCUCCGCCCGCCUCCUCGCCGCCGCAGCGCGCGGCCGUGCCGCCACCACCUUCCGCCAUGCUCCUACCGUCUCCUCCUCCCUCUCAUUCCCUCCCAACCCGCACCACCGCCCGUCCCUCCGCGGCCGCGCUGGCAUCUCCUUCUCCUCCACCUCCAUCUCCCUCCCCUCGGGCUCCCCGCACGGCGCCUCCGCCCCCUUCAACCUCUUCCCUCCCGACUCCGAUCCCUUCAUACAGUGGGACCCUCCCCCUCCCGACGCCGCCUCGCCGCUCGGCGCCGGCGCCGCCGGCCGCGAGGCGCCCGGGGACCUCACGCUGGUCGUGCUCCUCGGGUGGCUCGGCGCGCGGCAGAAGCACCUGCGGAGGUACGCCGACCUCUACCGCGACCGCGGGGUCGGGUCGGUGCGGUUCGUGGUGCCCGUGCGGGAGCUCCUCGGGCUCGACCUCGGCCGCCGCGUCGAGCGCAGGGUCGCCGACCUCGCCGCCGAGAUCGCCGCCUGGUGCGACGCCGACCACCGGCGCACGCUCCUCUUCCACACGUUCAGCAACACCGGAUGGCUCGCAUAUGGUGCUAUACUUGAGAAUCUACAAUCAAGAGCUGAUAUAAUUGAGAGGAUACGGGGAUGCAUUGUAGAUUCUGCACCAGUUCUGGAGAUAAGACCAGAGGUCUGGGCUGCUGGAUUCUCUGCUGCCAUGUUGAAGAAAAGCAGUUCCAUGACAGGACCUUCAGUUGAAUCUCCUGAUGGAUAUACUUCAAAUGGCACCUUGAACAACCUUAGCUCUGAUGUGACGAGACCAACAUGGGGUGAAAAUAUUCUUCUAUCUACUCUACAGAAAUUCUUCGAGAUUGUCCUUCAUCUACCUGAUGUAAACAAGAGGCUAGAAAAGGUUCACUCGGUUCUUUCAGAGAAGCAGCCUACCUGCCCCCAGUUUUAUCUGUACAGCUCAGCAGAUCGAGUAAUACCUGCUGAAUGCGUCGAGCGCUUCAUCGACAUGCAGAAAUCCCUAGGGCAGAGCGUAUUCGCCCACAAUUUUGUGUCAUCGCCACAUGUGGACCACUACAGGAGCUUCCCUCAUGUCUACGCAGCAAAGAUCGACGAGUUCCUGAAGAUUUGCUCCAUAGCUAGAGUAUGACCAGUUUUUGACCAACAGGUAUUCUUUCGAGACAUAGGUAUUGCUCUAUUACCUUGAGAGGUAUAUGAAUCAUGGAAUAUUUACCCAUUAGAGUUCCUGAAAUGAUGUGUACUCGUUCAUGAAAAAUAUGAAAUCUUGAAAAGUGACGCUGAAAGCUGAACUCUUAGAUGCACAUUGGAGCCACGAAUUUCUGCUGUUAUUUGCUUCGAUAGCCUUAGACAGUUAGACACUAGUUGCAGCGUAAUCUGUUGGCGAUUUUCAGAUCGCCUCAAGUUUUAUUCAAUUGUACUUGUCUAGUGACAAUGGCAUGAGCCUGUGUAUUCUAGUUCCAUCCAAGAUGGGAACAGCCUGUUGUUGUGAUACUCCUAGUCUCUGUCACGCCGUGCUUGUGAGUUGUUAAUAUUCUUUCUCGCCUUAAUCAUGUUGUGAGUACAGUAA